AUGAUUGCCAAGGAGAUCCUGCCUGGGCAGUCAGUUUGCUGUUGCGUAAUGGCGGAUUCCAUACGAUCAAUCACCGAUGCGAUUCUGUACAAAGCUUUUACACCACCAUUUCGCUUCCGUAUUGAAGCCCCAUCCUCGCAAACGGAUUCACAAUAUGAGAAGUUGGACACCUCCCAAAUAUCCAGCACCUAUGCCUCUAAAAGACAAUUCAUGGACAUCGCUGCCGGUGCUCCCGCGCGUGCGCAAAUUAUUCGCUCAGCGGAUGAAGACGCCGCUCAGGACGAAAUUAUGCGGAAGUUGGGGAAGCUGGAUGCUGCGGUGGAAAAAGCGCUACAGGACAUCAAAGAAAAGAAGGAUGGACUCUGUGAACUGUCCUAUUCUCUCUUUCAGACCUGCAUUCUGACCAAUGAGAAAAUUCCCGAGAUCAAACGGCGUUACAGGGAGUAUGUGCUGAGUGUACGGAGCCUUCUGACCAAUCCUGAGAUUACGGUUCCGCAGGAAUUACGAGGCGAACUCAAAGAGCAGGUAAAGGUCGCAGUGGAGGAGUACAUUCGCCUCCUGGAGGAAAAGGUGAUGCGACAAUUUUGGGCCCCGGUACAAGACAAAGGCAGUAUGUUGCGGUUGAAGGCCGAUUUCCUGCGUUAUCUGCUGGAACUGAAUCCGGGCGAAGAGAGCUAUGCCACCCGUUGUCAAAUGACCUACAAGGACACCAAACUCUUUUUUAUAGAACACAAACUGCAAAAGACGGUGGAGUGGGUCUACCUCCAAAUGAAUUAUGCAGCCUUCCUCUACAUGACGGGUGCCCUGAAUGCGGCUCUCUACAUCAGUCGACAACUGACCAAAUCGCCGCUUCUAUCACGUUGCAGUAAAGACGUCCAGAAGAGGCUGGAAUCCAACCUUAAGCUUUACAAAAUGCUCUAG